AUGCGCGUUAUACCGGGUGUCAAUGAAAUUACUAGCCAAGCGACAAAAAUGCAUAAAAUUGAAAUUUAGAGGUGUUAAAGUACUGCUACAUUUCGACACAUAAAACAAUUCAGUAGAUCUUUAGGUUUUGCCCACACCCAUGCAGUUUGAUUCCGUUCGUCGUUGGAUGCGGAACGGGAGGGAAACAACGCGAUUAAUGUGAUACAAAGGGACCCGAAAUAGACAUGGGGGCGCACAAAAACGGCGACGUCAUUGAAAAAAGGACCGUCCUCUACAACGAAGCUGUCACCCUGACAGGUUACGGAGUCUACAAUCUCUACGUCCUUUUGGCUGCGGGAGGAUGCCUCAUGUGCGUCAUCGUCGAGACGAUGUCGAUGUCUUUCGUCACUCCGGCUGCGCAAUGCGAUUUGAACUUGAGCCUCGCGCAGAAAGGCAUCCUCGCCUCCAUCGCGUUCAUAGGGGUGUUCGUUUCGUCGCACAUGUGGGGCUUCCUGGCCGAUACGAGGGGCAGGAAAAACGUGCUCGUUUUCUGCCUGAUCAGCAGUUCGGUGCUGAGUUUGAUCUGCAGCAUAGUUCCGUGGGCGUGGCUCUUUAUUUUGCUGCGAUUUUUGAACGGAGCCUUGAUCGGAGGUUCUUCAUCUAUAAUCUACGCAUUCGCCGGCGAGUUCCACAACGAUCGAUUCCGACCGAUGAUAAUCUCCUGGAUCAGCUCCUUCGUAGCUCUCGGUCAGACUUACAUCCCUGGGCUAGCGUGGGCCAUCCUACCGGCCACCUGGAGCUACGAGUUGCCCGCCAUAGGCAUCACAUUCAGACCCUGGAGGCUUUUGGUGAUAGUUUACGCGGUGCCCAGCCUAAUAGUGGCCGCCCUUCUGGCGGCCCUGCCGGAAAGCCCGAAAUUUUUGCUGACCGAGGGCAAACACGACGAGACGUUGAGGAUCCUCACGAAGAUGUACCGGAAGAAUACCGGAAAACGAGGCGACUUGUAUCCGGUCAAGAAAAUCAUCCUGGACGAAAUCCCGGCCGAUAAGGACGAAAGCAAAUCGAACGUGUUCGUUUCCAUGUGGAGGCAGACGGUGCCGCUUUUUCACAGGGAACACGUCUUCAAAACCAUUUUCGUCAGUUAUCUCCAGUUUGGCGUUUUCUUAUCGGCAUCAGCUCUGCAGCUGUGGUUCCCCGAGAUCCUCACCAGCUUGAACCGCUACAGCCAGGAGGUUUCAAAUUCGGACGUGCAGUUUUGCAAAUCCGUCAAUUAUAAACCCGUGGACGCGCGAUCGGUCGCGAACUUGUUCAGUUUUUUCAGUUACUUGAGGGCGGACAACGUCACGGAAGCAGCCGCGUGCAACGACGAGGUUACUUCCGACGUAUACCCCGUGAUUUUGGGGGUGGGCGUGGCCAUAGGGGUCGCCUAUAUUAUAAUCGGCGCGAUCAUCAACAAAAUCGGGAAAAAACAACUUCUGGCCGGGGUAGCAUUUGUAACAGCUGCGUGUGGUUUAACAGCCCAGUAUAUCUACGGUUAUGUCACCAUUCUGGUACUGGUCGGCAUAUUUCUUCUCAUAUCCUCUUGUAUAGGCAUAGUUAAUGCGUUUGUCGUCGAUCUGUACCCCACCAACAUUCGAGCCAUGGCUCUGGCCAUUUCGCUAAUGUUUGGUAGAAUUGGGGCUGCCGUGGGCUCCAACUUGGUCGGAAUCAUGUUCUACAACUACUGCGAUUACUUGUUUAUAAUGUUUGGCAUCAACCAUAUAUGUGAGUGUAUCUUUGCUCAGCAUAUGCAAUGGUUAUUGUUUUUUUUCUGUUUCAGUGUUAAUUUUGUCGGCCAUACUGUUACCGAAGCCACCGAAAGUAAAUAUAAGCAUUGA